UCUGUAAAAGUAUAUAUAAAUACAGUGACUCCUUCCCGGAAUCCUCUUUCGUCACUCUGUUAACAUCAUUCUCUCUUUUUGUUUCUUUUUUCUCUCUCUAAAUUCCUCCAACAUUAGACUUUCUCUUUCUAGUUUUCUCAUGCAUGGACAUUCAUCGCGGAAUUGGAAAAAUUAGGGCACGAAAAUUUCGUCGAUCGAUGUUGUUGAAGCUGUAAGGGAAGAUGUGAUUUCUGAUAUAUUUUUCCGGUAAAUUUGGUGUAAAGUUUCUACGAAAAGAUCAAAGGAAAAAAGUGUUAUUCGCAUGAAAGGACCGUUAGAUCGAACAAAAGUAGUGCUGCGGCACUUGCCGCCAACAAUUUCUCAGUCUAUGCUUGUUGAGCAAGUUGUUUCCCGAUUCACUGGUCGCUACAACUGGUUCUCUUUUCGUCCUGGCAAGUCCAGCCAGAAGCAUCAAACCUAUUCAAGAGCCUAUGUUGACUUUAAGAGGCCAGAAGAUGUUAUCGAGUUUGCCGAGUUCUUUGAUGGACACGUUUUUGUAAAUGAGAAAGGCACUCAGUUCAAAACUGUUGUUGAGUAUGCUCCUUCACAGCGUGCUCCAAAACGCUGGUCCAAGAAGGAUGGCCGCGAAGGAACCAUCUUGAAAGAUCCUGAAUAUCUGGAGUUCCUUGAAUUUAUUGCAAAGCCUAUCGAGUAUCUUCCGAGUGCAGAAAUACAAUUGGAAAGAAAGGAAGCUGAACGAGCUGGUUCUGCAAAGGAUGCUCCUAUAGUUACUCCUUUGAUGGACUACAUACGUCAGAAAAGAGCUGCCAAGAGUGGAGCUCGGAAAUCUCUAUCUAAUGGGAGACCGACCAGAAGAGCGGACGGCACAUCCUCAGGAAGUCCUAGCUCAAGUGCGUCUAAACAAGGCUCUGAAAAGAGAAGGGUUUCUACAACCAUGUAUGUUCUUCGAGAUAGUUCUAAGGCUGGGAGUGGCAAAGACAGAAGACAUAUUUUAGUUCCAAAACGUGAUGGUCAGCAGCAGGCUGAGAAGUCUGGUACCUCUGCUCCUGGAUCUGGGGCUGAUGCAGUUGAAGAGGAAACUGGUGGAGCUGCUGAUGUUGGGAAGAAGAAAAUCCUGCUCUUGAAGGGAAAGGAAAAAGAAAUUCCUAACGUUUCUAGUGGCUCAUUGAUUCAGGGCAAUGUGGCACCUAUUGUAAAGAAUACAAUAACAUCAGCUGCUCCGCAACAGAACCAGCGCCGAGAGGCAAGUGGAAAGAUCAUUAGAAGUAUUCUUCUCAAGGAUGCUCAUCAAAAUCAGGCUCCUUCUGCAUCCCAACAAGAACAGCACAGCCAGGAUAAGGACAAAAAGCCUCCUAGGCCACCAAGCGUGCAGUUGUUUCAGAAAGAAAUUAACGGAGUUAAUGAGGAUAAGGUUGUUGGAACUGAUUUGCAUGUUGUCCACACUGAAAAGCAGGAAAGACGCUCUAGGAUUAGGGAUAGGCCUGAUCGUGGUGUUUGGACUCCUCUUCGUCGUUCCGAUAGGUUGCAUGCUAGUGAUGAAUCCUUGUCUUCAUCUACCUCUCAAUCUUCUGAAGUGCUGGAUUCUCUUGAAGGAAGUCGGGGUGAAACCAAAAAUGAUCUGCCAAAUGUUCGUGGUGGGGAGUUCAGACCCAUGGGAAGCGGACGUAAUUCUCAUUCUUCUUUUGACAAUGGUACUUAUAAACGUCGUGGUAUGAGGGAUGAUGGCAUUUCAGUAGGGGAAGGAAAACCCUUAAGAAGGGGAGGUCCUUCUAACUAUGGUACCCAUGAGAAACAAGUGUGGGUCCAAAAGUCAAGUUCUGGUACUUAAGUUUUGUCAUUAAUGCAAAAAGCUUGGUUUUGCCAUAUCAGGUAUUCAUGGCUAGUGGCUGGAGCUCUCUUUACUAGACACAUCAUGUAUGAGCAAGGUUCCUGGAGCAAAGAUAAGGAUUUGAAGGCCUUAAUGAAAUUGUUGACUCACCAAGGUGGUUUAGAAACUGGUAUAUACUGCUAAACUAGUCUUUGAUCUGACUGAAUUGAAGAUGGCUGGAAUAGGGGCAAGAGGAAAGAAAGUCGUAUCAGCGAUAUAUACACCACAAUUUUCAGCUGGUGCAUAUUUAGUCUCUUCAUCGGUGAUGUGGGUGUCCUUGUUACUGUGAUUGAUUCGGCUGAUUAUCAGAUAAUAUAGUUCUAUAGAUGGAAGGUUUCUUUUGUUGAACUGUAAAUACAAACAUGGUCGUGCGCCCAUAAUCACACACAUAUGUUCAUAGCCCCAUAUUAGUUCUAGGCUUGACUGAUUGGAGAUUGUCAAAGAAGCAGCUUGGGGUUGCUGCAAUCGUGGUUGAAGCUUGUUAAAGUUGUCUAAGCAUGGCCUUAAGGGCAAAGGUUGAAGAACGUAGAUUCGUAGUCACUUGUUUUUGUGUAUGGAUGGGGUUGCUAGUCUAAAGGAUGUUUUGCCGAAAUGAAAAAAAGUGAUGUUCUAAAA